AGCCACAAAAUUGGCUCACAAAGCACGUGGUGUGGCGUCAUGAAAAGAAGAAAAAAAAACGAAAGGGAAGUUUCAAAAGGCUGUUCCUCUGCUGCUGUCAGUAACAAUGAGACUACAAGUCAUCUGGAUUACCAUUUUGCAAGCGGCAAUGGUCAAAUCCCUCAAAGAGGUCUCUGGGUACCUUGGGGAUAACGUCACCUUGCCCUCAGAGGCCGGCGCUUCGUGGAAUCUUUCCAAAAUUGAGUGGUCAAUUUUCACGAACAACACUUGGAUUGCCACUUAUCGCAAUGGGAGGGAAAACAUUGAACGGUUCCAUCAAUAUAAAGGAAGGCUCAGUCUCAACACCACCACAGGUGACUUGACGAUCCAUAACUUGAGCAGAAAGGAUGCCAUGGAUUACAGUGUAGACCUUGAGAACGCGGAGGGACAGAACACAGCAAACAAGAUUAAGCUCACAGUGACAGAACGCCUCCAGAAGCCAAACAUAGAGGUGACCGUCUAUGGACCUACAGAGGGAAACUGUGCGGUGAGGCUGCGCUGUUCUUCGGACGAUCAAGGCGUUAACUUCACCUGGCGGGUGAAACUACCAAUCGUGAUUGUCACCAAUACUCAGGAUCAUUACGGGAGCUCUGUAGUAGCAUUCCUCAAUACCACACAGAGUGGCGCCGAAUUCACCUGCACCUCCAUCAGGCAAAAUGAGAACAACUCACGUUCCGUCUUUCCUGAGUGUUCUGUUAAACCGCCUCCAACCCCGACAGCGUCUCCUCUUUCUCCGGAGAAGAGGUGUAGGUAUGGUGUCACUGUCUUCGUGGGAGUCAUCCUGGGAUGUCUCCUGUCAGCUGUGAUGUUCUUUUUCGGAGGUGAGAACAAAUCAGCAUCUUCGCCCUCCCCCCUCUAAAGUUGUACUCACUCAUCUGUUACGUGUGGUUGAGCUGACCUGCUCACUUCCUCUUCAAGUGUUAGCAACUGUGCACUGAGCUCAGUGGUGCUUCCAAGUUCAUUUAGGUCAACAAAUAGACACACACACAGCUGUGACAUCACCAGCCACCUCCAGUGUGGUUAGUAGGUUGGUAGCUGCCAUAAUAAUAGCUCAACAAUAUGCAAACAUUGAGAGUAGAAAUAGUGAAGCCAAUGCCUUCAGCCCGGCCUAGCAGAGAUCGAAGAAUCGCCGCUAACAAAGUGGCUCUGACACUUCAGCGACAAACAAAACCUUCACAAUAAAAGCCCCCCAGUAAACAGUAAAACACACAGCAGAUGUCAGAAAGCACAAACAGGAGAGCUGCAAAAGUGAGCUGAACAUAGACUCAACACAGCCAAAAGCGCUCCUGGAGAAACGUUAUUAGGGUCCCAACCUGUCCAAUUUCUGUCCAUUCUUUCAUAAUGUAUAUUCCUUUACAUGUUAAGAGCCCACUGAUCAAAGAGUCAAGAGGAGUUUAUCUUUAAUGAAUCCAGGUUGUGUAGAUUGUCCUGUUUAGUCCAACUGGCUGUGCAGGAUGCAGGUAUACAUGCAAAGAUGCACUGCAGGCGCUUCGACGUGGCAUGUUUCUUUGACCGCUACGCUCAUGAGGACAAAAAGGUGCGACUUGAGGUUGAGGUUCCUUCCGUCUUUCCGAGCAACACUUUCAUUUUUGGUCAUACCCGCCCACGUCAUAACCCACCACCUUCCCCCUCUGAGCUUCAGCCCACACAUCAAUCCAAGACACAAUCUGUAAGAUGCUUAUAUAACCCAAAAUCUCCACUAAUUAUGAAACUUAUUUGAUUUUACACCAUGUAACAUAUUAAAUGUGAAUAUUUUUGAAUCUCAAUCAAUUAAUAUGGCAUGUUGAGAACUUCUUUUCUGUUUUGUUUUUUUGUUACAGACCAAAUCAAAGCUGCGUGGAAAUUCAUCAAAGGUAUGUAAUUCAUAGAUCUGUGUUCAAGCUGAAAUGGUCGCUGUCGCCAAAACUCACUCGUACUCUCGUUAAUUUUCCAGGAAAUCUGCGACCAUUACACAAUUCAGCAGAAACAGAGGGUUAGCUUCUGUUUCUGUUUUUAUUUUCCCAAGUUUUUUUUUUCUUUUUCUUUUUUAGCAACGAGUGGUAACAUAAUGUCAACAUGUUUCUCUUGUCUUCCGACAAUCAGCCAUGUGCAAGUCUCAAGAAGAACGGCCUGAUGCCUGAUGUGGCCCGCGCAACAGUGUUAGCGUUGGCGAACCUGCAUGUUGAAUAUUUAUUUAUAAAGAUGACUGAGAGGAAUGACUGUAUUUUCAGAAAGCCCGCAGUGGAUGGACACAGUAUAAGGAAAACCCGUGCAAUCUAAUGCAAAACCAAAGACACCAAAGAUUUCCAGUUAUAUUGAUUACAGGUGUAAAUAUCAUCGAGUCCAACUUGAGUCCCAAUGCUUUUGAGGUGCCUUCCAUGCAUUUUCGAUGCUACACCCUCACAUUUCACUGUGCCUGGUGCUCAUUUUUGGAGACUGCUUUAUCUGACUUUGUUUUUUUAUAUUAUUCUAUUCUGUCACAUGUGGACUUUUUUUAAUUUAAAAAACUUUUAUAACAAAAAAAAUUGCUGUGGUCCAAGUUUUUCAAUCUUAUAGUAAUGUUAAAUGAGACCUGAAGUUUUUGUGAAAUAUGUUCUUGACUUUCGUCGACUGUCGCAGGUGUGUUUUUUUACAAGUGAGAACUUUUUGUACGAACGUUAUUUGUUUUUAAAGCUUAACGUCGAUUCAGUCGUUUACUUUUUGCUGGAUAUGCUUUAGGGAUAUUGUUUUUGGAAAAAUGUUUGUUGGUAUUUUUAUAAAUAUGAGUCUUUUUAGGAGUAUGGAUGUUAAAUGUUAAAUAUCAACUUCACUGAAGAGGUUUAUAUCCAUUUAUGCGAGGACCCUAUGAACUUCUGUAACGGCUGCCAGGGUCAUCCACAGAAAUUUGCAGUCUGCCAGCACAGUCUGGCUGACAGGAUAUGUAUUUGUUAUGUUCAUCAUAAUUUAUUGUAAAUGGGUAGUUGUGAGUGGGGGGUAGCCAUGGCCCCCAUUGCCCCCCCCCCCCCCCUCCCUUGGGUGCACCCCUGACUGUUGCACUAGGUAAAGGGAAAUUAAAAGAGGAUAAAUUAAUGUUAUUUUCAUCCUUGAAAAAGCACUUUCAGUUGAUAAUGGCAGCCUCAAUGUUUCACCUUCCAUCUAAGAUAAAUCAAUUUGUCUUAAAUCAUCACAACAAUUAUGAUACAAGGUUAUUAUAGUCCUGUGUAUGCUGUAGUUUGUCAAAUGUAUAAAAGUAUCACUGUAAAACACAUAUGGGGGAAACGUACCUUUUUAAAAAGUGUUGCUGAUGAGAACGGGCGAAGCAGCAGAGCAGCAGGGAAGUCUGGGUGACAUCAUUCCAACAUGGAGGAAAUGGAGGUGCUAUGACCGCGGUUUCAAACUGAACCCACCCUAAAUUUAACGGCAUCCCCUUUAAAACCGCCUGAGGUCAGACUUUGAUAAAAAAAAAAAACACCUAGUUUCUCACAAGUUGUGUCGUGUGGCACUUCGGGACAUGCAUGUAGGCAAAUUAAAGUACUUUACCAAAAUAGAGACCUGCAGUAUACAGUAAAUCCAUACAUGUAAGUAUAUGUAUAACUUGUACUUUUGAUACUCUAUACUUUGAUACUUUAAAUAAAUUAAUUGAAAUAUCAGACACUGUAAGACCUUUACCCAGGUACUAUUUCUAUGUGUGACUUUAACUUUUGCCAAAGUUACAAUUUAACAUCAUAUCUCUGCUUUUGUCAAGUACGACAUUUGUGUUCUUUUGACAACACCGGUAAUGAAAACCAUGACAUGUGAAUGUACUCUGUUGUGAAAAAUCAACUUGUGUCAAAGUAAAAUCCAACAUUUAAAA